CUUGGGCCGGGGAGAGUUCCAGUAGCUGUUGGGUCACAAUAGGCGGAUUGAUCAUAGACUUCGUUGGCUAGAGAGGACAACCCUUGUCCAGUGUGGCGUCCGGAAGGGCGGCUCUUCUCUCUUCCUACUAACAUGGCGCAGCAGGUGAACAUCUCGGAGCUUUCGCUGCCGCAGUUGGAGGUGUUGAAGAACCAGCUGGACCAGGAAGUGGAGUUCCUUUCUUCAUCCAUUGCACAACUUAAGGUGGUGCAGACAAAAUAUGUGGAAGCCAAGGACUGUCUGACAGUACUGAAUAAAAGCAAUGAAGGUAAAGAGCUACUGGUCCCACUCUCCAGCUCUAUGUAUGUUCCUGGGAAGCUUUCCGAUGUUGGCCAUGUUUUGAUAGAUGUAGGGACAGGUUACUAUGUAGAAAAGUCAGUGGAUGAUGCCAGAGAUUUCUUCAAGAGGAAGAUCGAUUUCCUGACAAAACAGAUGGAAAAAAUCCAGCCAGCACUGCAGGAGAAGCAUGCAAUGAAGCAAGCUGUAAUAGAGAUGAUGAGCCAGAAGAUUCAGCAACUAACAACAGCGGCAGUUUCACAUGCAGCAGCAACAAAGGCCUAGCAAACACUGGUCACACACAUGCCUGUGCAGUUCAGCAUUUUGUAAUGUAAACCCACUAUUGCAUCCCCAGGGUGCAGCACUCUAUCCAGCUGUGCAGCUGAGAGUGGGGAGUGUUAGUUUCUUGAAUAAAUGUGGGGUUGUGGUGUGGCAAAAGCUUUGCUGGGAAUGAUAACCAUUUCAAGGAUCCCAUCUUUUCAAUGUGAUGGGCUCUCAGUAACUUUGUGGUUGGGAUGGUUGUAUGUAUUUCUGGAUAUCAGAUGGGAUUCUCUUCAAUUUUAAACCCCAGUGAAAACUUCUGUCACUUGUAAAUGGAAUUGUACAAAAUAAAUGGGUAGGAUGAGAGAAUAA